AUGGGGCCCCUGUGUCCUUGCCCAAACUCAAAAAAUCCUAGGGUGACAACACUCACUGUAACUAUCAGGGGCGGACUGACAACUCAUGGGGCCCCCGGGAAAUAGGGGAUCAUGGGGUCCCUGUGUCUUUGCCCAAACUCAAAAAAGCCUAUGAAAAAGGGUACCAGGGGCAUCUCAUGGGGCCCCCUACUGACCCCGGGCCCUCGGGCAGUGCCCGAGUUUCCAAAUGGUCAGUCCGCCCCUGGUAACUAUUGUACCUAGCAGCAUUUACAUAGAGGGUAGCUAAACUGUAGUCCCCAGAG